UCAUUGACGUUCAGCGAUGUGGCUGUGAAGUUCACCUGGGAGGAGUGGCAGCUCUUGGACUCUGCUGAGAAGAACCUGUAUUGGGAUGUAAUGUUGGAGAACUACAGCAACCUGGUGUCCGUUGGGUAUCAAGUUAGCAAACCAGAUAUACUCUCCACCUUGGAACGAGAACAACCAUGGACUGUAUCAGAUGCAAGCCAUAGUGGGAUCUUUUCAGAAAUCCAGCAAGGUGAUGGUCAUCUGCUUGGGCACUCAGAAAAUGAAAGCAGAGUGGAAAGAAUGGAACAGUGCUAUAAUCAUAAUGCACUAGAAAAUGUUCAUCAGCACAAAAAUAAUUUUCCUAUGAGGGAAAAUCAUGGUAUGUUUGACUUGCAUGAAAAAACUGUGAAAUCAAGUGUAUCGACAGUCGACCAGAGCAGAAGCGACGAAAUAGCACACUCUGCUGAGCUUACUGAAGAUGAGAAAGCUUCUCUCCAUGCUGACCAUGAGCCAUUUUGUACUGAAAUGAAAUUUCCUGAGAGUAAAAAAUCUAACAGCACUAAGUCCCAACUCACUAAGCAUCAGAAAACUCACAAAAUACAGAAACCACAUGUAUGUAGUGAAUGUGGGAAAGCAUUCAUCAAAAAGUCUUUCCUCACUAAUCAUCAGAUCGUUCAUACAGGUGAGAAACCACAUAUAUGCAGUCUUUGUGAGAAAACCUUUCCUAAAAAGUUUAAGCUCACUGAGCAUCAGAAAACUCAUAGGGGAGAGAAACCCUAUAUAUGCAGCGAAUGUGGAAAAAGCUUCUUCGAGAAGGCAGAUCUCAUUAUUCAUCAGCGAAUUCAUACUGGAGAGAAACCGUAUGUAUGUAGUGAAUGUGGAAAAGGCUUCAUCCAGAAGGGAAAUCUUAUCAUACAUCAGCGAACUCACACUGGAGAGAAACCCUAUGUCUGUGGUGAAUGUGGGAAAGGCUUCAGCCAGAAGUCAUGCCUCAUAGGACAUCAGAGGUUUCACACAGGAAAGAGUCCCUUUGUAUGCAGUGAAUGUGGAAAACCUUAUUCCCAGAAGUCUGGUCUCAUCAGUCAUCAGAAAAAUCACACGGGACUGAAACCUUUCAAAUGCAAUGAAUGUGGGAAGGCCUUCAACACAAAGCCAAAGCUUCGUGUACAUCAAAGAUCUCAUACAGGGGAGACACCGUAUGGUUGCAGUGAGUGCGGGGAAACCUUUGCCUAUACUUCUUCCUUAUAUUUACAUAAAAGAAAACACACAGUUCAGAAAUGUGUAGAUUCGAUCAAGGUGGAAGACACUUCCACAGAGAGUCACGCCUCGUCACCCACGAGUGAUCGCGUGCAGGAGAAAAGUCCUGUUAAUACGGUGACUGUGCAGAUGCCUGUUGUGGCGGCUCAACCAUCAGUAAACAUUAGUGGGCUCCUAACAAAUAGGAACAUGGUCCUUGUGGGCCAGCCUGUGGCCAGAUGUGAACCCUCCAUAGGUAGCAGAGAGUUUGUACAGGGGAGAAUCCUUAUGAAUGCAGUGAAUGUGGUAGUGCCUAUGAAUGCAGUGAAUGUGACAGUGCCUUCAAUGAUCAAUUACAUCUUAUUUUAUGCCACACAAAACCCAUAG